GAAAGUUUUUCCCUAUUGUAAAGAGGAAUGACGAUGCCUUAGUUGGGGAGCUAAGGAGCUGCUUUAAUGAUGUGCUUGCAAAAACGGUGCUUGAUGCCAAUAUUCGGAGCAAGAUCGAUCAACAAGCUGUGCUCUACGAGAACCAUCGAGGAGUCUUUUCUAAUGGGUUGGCAACUGAAAAUAUUGAGAAAAAGGGCCCUCUUGAAUGGUGGUGUUCAUAUGGUGGUCAGGCCAUUGAGAUACAAAGAUUUGCGAAACGCAUUGUCAGCCUUUGUGCAUCAUCUUCCGGGUGUGAGAGGAAUUGGAGCACCUUUGAAUUUAUCCAUACGAAGAAAAGGAACAGGCUGCAGUGGAAAAGGUUGAAUGAUUGUGUUUUUGUUUCAUAUAACCACAAGAUGAUGCAUAGGUUUCAAAAGAGGCGUGAGAAGGCAGGAGACACAAGCUUUGACCCUUUGGUGUAUGAGGAUUUUGAUUGGGGCAAUGAGUGCGUUGACCCAACAAUACCACUACCUCAAGGUGCUCGUGGGUGUCCUGAUGACAUCUCAUGGGAGGAUGUUGACGUGGCUGUUGGUGCAUCCACGAACCUUCAAGGUCGCAAUCUUCCUAGGACAGGUACUACACUUCAAAGGGGGCCUUCAGCUGUCCAUGUACAGUUUAAAAGACAGUGCAAAAGACCUACAGCAACACGUCCAACAUUGCUUGAAGAAGAUUGGGAAGAGGACUUGGAGCAAGAGCAUAACUCAUGUAACCCCAGCCGCAAUGAAGAGGAGGAUGAUUCAGACUAUGUGCAGGAUGAUGAUGAUGUGAGCAAUGAUGAUGAAGAUCCAACCAAUGAUGACUAAGAUGGUGAAGACAACACCAAUGCCACCAUGGAUGAGUUUGAUGACGGUUAUUGAGACUUGGAGAUGACAGUUGAGAGUUGAGAGAUGAGGAAGUUGGCCAGCCUGAAGCCUUUUGCUAUGCUGCUGUUAUGUGGACGUUUUAGUGCUAUUCUAAUAGUAGUCCAGUACUUUAGUCUAGUUUGUUGUGUCUAUUAAUCAGUAUCUUACUAUGGUUAUCUAUCCUACAUUCCUACUGCCCAUUAGCUUCAGAUCA